AUGAACCAGGACGGUCCGCCAGAAGGCGCGGAGGCCGAGUCGGAAGCAUCAUCCGCAUCCCCUGGUGCCUCAUCAGAACUUCGAGAUGGGCUCAGCUCCGCAGAGACCACUCCGCCCCCGAUGGAUGAGGAUGACGAGGACGAUGAAGACAUGUCCCCCGAGCCAACUAUGGAGAAGCGGUUCAGUGUCAGUACUGCAUCGGGCCUCUUCUCUCACUCUUAUCAGUCCAUCCCCUCGAGCUCCUUCACCGGCAGUGCUCCAUGGCAUUCUCCGGCGUUCUCACACUACCGCCACUCCAGUAUCGAUACACGGCCUUCGACCGCGGAAGCCAAAUUGCACGAAGACGACGAGGCUGAUCUCGCUGCGGCCAUCGGUCUCUGCACCUUCAACACCCCUCGCACGAGGCCCGUGCCGAUGUCCCCUAGUGUACCCCCCGUCCCUCCAUUGCCAAGUCGCUUCCUUGACCAGGCCGGUGCGAGUGGUAACGAGAGCCAGAGCCUGGAUCAGUCGGCAACCAAGGAGGCAGAUGCUCUUUUCCCGAACUCUACUCCAAACCUUUUCCUCUCGCUCUCGUAUAACCCUUCCCUGUCGUACAAGGUGUCAGACGAGCGAGAAGUGAAGAUGGGCGAUGCGGAUCGCACCACACGGCAGAGUCGCAAUGCAGACGUUGAUUUUGGGCACCGGCCCACUGCGGCUGAUGAAGACGACGAUGGCGUUUUUGGUCGGAUGGAGGAGUAA